AUGCAAGCUCUCAUUCGCUCAUGGUCUCCAUGUGUGUACAUGAUGGCGGCGGUGCGGCUGCUCAGUUCCAGGCAGUGGUCGGAGGCGCAGCUGCGGCAGAAGCUGGCAGCCAACUUGACCCAGCCAGAGCGGGCCCGGGGUCUGGCCAGGAGAGCGGGAACAGGGCAGCCACGUGGCAGCAUGCCACAGGAGGACCUGUGA